UAUGUUUUUGGGACAUAUUGUUAUUUGUUACUUCAAGAGUAAAACUCUUCAACUACAAUUUUAUAAGCUACAGUUUGCUUAUCAGCAAGAAAUAAAAUGAGCUGUUUUGACUAUAGGAAAGAAGAAUGGACGAGAAGAAAAUCCUACUUGCUACGAAGCUUAUUUGAAGAUGAUCCUUUGCUAUCCACAAUAUCAGAAGAAGAUGAAUCUGGAGUUCAAUAUUCUCCAAAAACUCCAAGUGGGCAUUAUAGAGCCCGGCACUAUGAAACACGAUAUCGAUCACCCAGCCCACUACCAGACUUGGUCGUAGAAGUUGUGUCCAGAAGACCUAAAAUAUAUGACGAUGAACCAGAAGAAUAUUACAAACGCUUAGAGAAACAAAUGAGGAAGCUCUAUAGAAGGGAUUAUUUGAACCUGCCUUCUAGUAGCAGUGAUAGCACUCACCCACAGAGCGAAAAUGAAUCUCAUACAUUCGAAGAGGAUUAUUGUGUUCGAGAUAGCAUUGACCAAGAGAAAUCAUUACAAGAUGAUUAUAAUAUGAAUCUGAUAACUGAAGAUGAAGUUGUUUAUAUUGUUGAACCACAUGGUUUGUCUCCAAUAACCGAAGAAUCGAGCAUUAUAAAAAGUACUUCUUCAAUGUCGAUUGGCGAAAAUCAGAUUGAAACGACAGCGAUUAUAGAAAAAGAAAUGGAACAAAGUGAUGACAAUAGUAAAGAAUCUAUACAUACUUGUGAAGCAUCUACUAUUCGAAGUAGUGCUGAAGCUGAAGAAUCAUCUGAGGAAGGAGAGUCUGAAGGUGAACGAGACGAGGAACCGACGGAGCUAGCGGAAAACAAUGGUGCAAGCUUAAAUAACGAAUCCGUUUCGCCCAUCCUAGAACCAGACGCAAUGAGACGACAAGAAGUAAGAUCGUCACGAUUUUCCAUAGGCAAUGAUUUUGAAAAAUCAACAGAAAAAAUUGUUCCAUAUCAUAGAAAACAAUUGGAAUUUAUGGAAGAAAGUUUAGAAAAUUGUGACACAAACAUUACAUCUCGAGUAACGGACAUUACAGGAAAAGCCACUUCUACUCCAAAUUCAAGUCACAAAUCCUACACAUUCCGUUUAUCUAAAAGAAAAAGUUUUGGUGAUCGCUAUAAACCAUAUUCAAGUAGUUCGAGUGGCAAGAGUUUCGAUUCAAGUAGAUCGAGUGGCAAGAGUUUCGUAUCGAAAUACGAUCAGGCUCUGCAAACAUCAUUUUCAGAGGAGCAAACUAGUAAUCAAGACUUUUGGAGAAAUUUUAUAGUAGGCACGCCCAUAAUUUAUAUGUUCCAAUAAUUAGACUACAGAGUGCAGACCAUUAUAUUUUAUAA